AUGGAGGCAGGACUUUUAUUCUAUCAAGGAAGGAUUGUGGUCCCUGAUGUGGGGACCCUUUGUACAGACCUACUGCAGAUUUUCCAUGACAGCCCCUUAGCAGGACACCCUGGGAGGCAGCAAACCUUGGAAUUAAUCUCCUGGAAUUACUACUGGCCAGGAAUCCAUGCAGACACUUACUGGCAUGUAGACUCCUGCAAAACCUGCCAACAUAUUAGGAAGCCCUGCUAUGUGUCUAUACCCCCACAGCUGCUUGAACUACCAUCAUGGCCUUGGCAACAUGUAUCAUAUGACAUGAUUGUGGACUUGCCCAAGGAUGGGAAUUACAACUCCAUCUUGGUCAUAGUGGACAGCUUUACUAAAUACAUGAUCCUGGUGGAAUGCUCUAAAAAGCUCAAGGCCCCAGAGUUGGCAGACUUAUUCCUAUGCCACAUAUGGAAACAGUAUGGCAUGCCUGAAAAGACAGUCUCAGACCAGGGGAGGGUUUUCAACAACAAGUUCCUCAGGGCCUUAUACCAAUGCCUGGGGAUAGACCCCCAUUUCUCAUUGGCAUAUCACCCUCAGAGCAAUGGUCAGACAGAACAAGUAAACCCAACAGUUGAGCACUUCUUGCAAGCCUACUUGGGAGUCAACCAGAGGGAGUGGGUAAAAUGGCUGCCCAUGGCAGAAUUUGCCUACAACAAUGUGGUCCAUAGUUCUACAGGCAAAACACUGUUCAAAGCACUUUACAGAUGGGAGCCAGCCCUAACCCCUAGCAAUGUCCCCACCAAUGUACCAGAAACCAACAACUUGGCAAUGCAGAUGGAAGCUCAAUGGCAGGAAAUUGAAGCAGCACUCUGGCAAUCCAAGACACAAAUGGUAGCUGGAGAAACAGGCAAACCAGUAGAAUUUGAAGUUGGAGAAGAGGCCUGGCUAGACGCAAAAAACGUAAAGCUAAAGACCCUGAGUCAUAAGCUAACCAAACAACGCCUAGGCCCCUUCAAGAUAACAGAAAAUAUCUCCAAUCAAGCUUAG